UAUUGCAGCAUUCUUGUACUUAUCGGAAGUUUUCACGUUGUUAUCGCGUUUUUUUUUCAAUUAUUCGGUUUCAGCAUUGCGUGAAAGCUUCAGUUUUGUCAACUAACGAUGACUGGUACCCAAGCUGAUUGCCCUACACCGGAAAUUUCCCAGUUUGUGCACGAUGUUCGGUUACAUAAAAUUGUUGGGGCCCAUAAAUUGACCUCCAAAACCCUGCAGCUGCUCACCAGUUUGAUAAACAAGUCGGAAUGGAGCACGGCUGAGAAUUUAAUGCAGCUCAUACGGCACCAGGGUCGCUUCUUGGUUUCCGCUCUCCCUCAGGAUAUCGUUAUUGCUAACACGGUUCGCCGGAUCUUAAAGAUUGUACGGGAAGAGUACGACUCGGCCCAGCUGCGAGUUCACAUAGACGAUGCACAAACGGCCCUGUCCCUGCACAAAUUGGUGACUCAAACCAGUGAGCAACGUUCCGGUGACUACACAAUACACCAGGCAGGCCUGAAGGAAGCGCUGUUAGAUCAUCUGAGCGAAAUAGCAACCGAGUUGGAAACCAGCGCCGACAAUCUGUCCUCCCAGGCUACGGAACACAUUCACUCGUCCGAGCUUAUUAUGACCAUUGGCCACUCGAAGUCGGUUGAAAAGUUUCUAAAGAAGGCAGCGGAAAACCGAACCAUCGAAGUGAUUGUGGCGGAAUGUGCUCCGGCUUGCAAAGGCCACCAGUUAGCCGUUAGCCUGGGAAAGACUAAGAUUCAAACUACCCUGAUACCGGACUCGGCCAUUUUUGCCAUGAUGUCCCGUGUCAAUAAGGUAAUCAUCGGAACGCAUUCGGUGCUGGCAAACGGGGGACUAAGAGCCAUCUGUGGAGCCUAUUCGCUGGCACUGGCUGCAAAACAUUUCUCGGUGCCGGUUAUUGUGCUGGCCCCAACCUACAAGCUGACGCCCGUCCAUCUGUCCAAUUACGAUCAGGAUGAUUUCAACAUUCUGGGCAAUGCUGAGGCUGUGAUCCCGUACCAGUCGCCGGCGGCGCGUUUCUCGAAGGCAUACAAUCCGGUGUUUGAUUAUGUUCCGCCGGAGCUGGUAACGCUUUUUAUUACCAACACCGGCGGAAAUGCACCAUCUUACGUCUAUCGGCUUCUCAGUGAGCUGUACCAUCCGGAGGAUAACGAACUGUAGGCCGUAGAAUUGAAAACAACAAAUUGCAAGGAUUUAACAUUGUGUUGGUGUUUAUUAAAAACUGUUCAACAAAAUCAACUCAA